UAACUGGAGUUAGGGCCUACUGUAAAUGGCUGACGCCAUAACCGUUGUUUGUGCAUGAAUUCUGAAUGAAGGAGACAUUACCUUAGUUUACCUCCUAUCCCACGAGGCAAGCCUCUAUUGUCUACCCCUGAAGAUCAUAAGAUGAGUCUACGUUUUACCUUGUAGGAUUGACUGACACUAUAUGUGGGAGCUUUUGUGGCACAGUGUUUUAUGCCUCGCAGUAAAUACUUCGCGCCUGAUUACAUCGCUUAAAACUUUCAGGGCUUUGCCAGUAUGGAUGUACCUGUAUGCGUUUCUCUCGAAAAUCUCGUGAAGGGUAUUGAUGAUACGACUCUAGACAAGGCCUUUGGACCCGACUCCUUGGGAAUCAUUAUUAUUAAAGACCUUCCUGACUUUUUUUCGGAGCUUAGAUUGAAGGUGCUCAAGAGUGCGUCGAUCUUAGCCAACCAGCCGGAGCAUGUAUUGCAACUGUUAGAGAAUGAAGAGAGUAUAUGGCUAACCGGUUGGUCAUGCGGAAAAGAGAUCUUGGGGUCGGGAAAACCAGACUAUGGUAAGGGCUCUUUCUAUGUGAAUUGUGCCUUUCAUCAGCAGGAUGACUUGGAAGGACCAAGGCUUGAUUUGUGUGAAAGGUACCCUAACUAUAAGGCAUAUACCUCUCCUAAUAUCUGGCCUCCGCCCAACAGUGGACUAGAAACCUUCAAAGGUGACAUGAAAAAGCUAUGUAGCUUCAUCAUCAGCGUGGCAGAGAAAGUGGCAGUUAACUGUGACAACUACAUCUCCAAGAGAUUUGAAUUACCGCCAGAUUACCUUCAAAACAUCGUACACACUUCUACGUGCACCAAGGCGAGACUAUUGCACUAUUAUCCUGUCAAAACCCAGGACCUGCUGGAAAAUGAUGACGAUUGGUGUGGUGAGCAUUUGGACCACUCUUGCAUUACAGGCUUAACCUCAGCAUUGUUUAUCGAUGAGUCCCAAGGCCUAACCAAUGACUUGCCACAGAAUCCAGACCCAAUUUCAGGGUUGUACAUCCGAAAUAGACAUAACCAGGUGGUUAAGGUGAGCAUCCCAAAGGAUUGUAUUGCUUUCCAAACCGGGAGCGCUUUGCAAGAAGUAUCCAAGGGCAAUUUCAGAGCAGUUUCUCACUUUGUCAAAGGGACUAAUUUACCUAGCAUCGCCAGAAAUACUUUGGCAGUAUUUUGUCAGCCAGAUUUGGAUCAGAGAGUCAAUGAUAAAGAGACUUUUGCCGAUUUUGCAACUAGAAUUUUGGCAGAAAAUCAUUAGGUUACUAUUUAUUUAAGAGGAAUGAGAUGCGAAAAUCGAAUCUUAACCUCAACAUCUUCCAUAUUAUGUAUAACAAUACAAUACCGGUCAUUAAUGAUACGAAGGUUACAUUCAACAAUCGGAGCAUACCGACAUCCGACGCAGAAGUGAGACUGUUGCUUCGAAAGUUGAAAGAACCCAUCACCUAUUUUGGCGAAGAUAAUGCCGAUAGAAGGCUGAGACUCAUCAAGUUUAUCAAUGAAAUGCCACACACGAAUUUUGGGGAAAACUUCGUAGUGGAUGAUGUUACUAUGAAGUCUGAUCAAGAAGAUGAAGAUGUGUCGGAAGACGAUGAAGAAUUCUAUACACCAGGCACCCAUGAAUUACUUGAUGCUCGGAAGCAAAUCCUCACAUACUCAUUAAGACAAGCCAGUGCCAGAAUACGAAGACUAAGAGAAGAGCACGAGCCCGACCCCAUUAAGGUGUUGAAACACAGAAGAAUCAUCAACGGAAAAGCAGCGAAGUUCGAAAUCUACGGAUCCCAACUUAUUCCCAAUAACCAGCGUGCUAUUUCCACUGUCAGGUACAACGACGACAAUUCUAAAAUUGCCUGUGGAUCUUGGGACGGAAAUAUCUAUAUCCUCGAUCUGCAAUUGAGUCUUGUGGGACGCCUGGUACCAGGUUACCACCUAGAGAAAGUCAGUGGAUUGGACUGGAAUGGCUCAAAGUUAUUAACCGGAGGUAACGAAGGUAGUAUAAAUUACUGGGACUGUAGUUCAGACCCGACGAAACCUUACACUCCUUUAAAGACCAUCAAAGCUCAUGACUCGCGUAUAGCAAAGAGUCUUUUUCACCCCCAAAAACUGCAUUUCAUAUCCACAUCUUUUGAUCAAACCUGGAAACUUUGGGACUUUGAGUUUGGGACCGAGAUCUUGCAGCAAGAAGGGCACCUGAAAGAAGUGUUUGCUGCUUCGUUCCAUCCAGAUGGAAGUAUCUUGAGUACUGGUGGCCUUGAUGCACUUGUGAAACUUUGGGACUUGAGGUCUGGAAGACUUAUCAACAAUUUAUCUGGGCAUAUUCAGGGAGUUUAUUCGAUGGACUGGUCCUCAAAUGGAUAUCAUAUAGCUACUGGAGGAGGUGAUAGUGCUAUAAAGAUCUGGGAUCUUCGGAAAAUAAAUAACAACUUGAAUAAGAGUCCUAUAGAGUUAUGUUCUAUUCCAGCCCAUACCAAGCUCAUCAGUGAUCUACGGUUCUACAAUCCAUCCUCAUCAUCUAGCAUGAAACUUUCUGAGAUUGUAACCGACAAAAAUGACGAAAAUCCCACCAAACUCAGUAGUAGUGGGAAAUUAUUGUUGAGCUCUUCGUAUGACGGUAAAAUAAGACUCUGGAGUGCAGAUAACUGGAUCAAAGUGGGGGAGACUAUUAGUACAGACAAAGUUAUGGGAUGUGAUAUUUCACAGGACGGUGCUCAAAUAGUAACAUGUCAUUGGGAUAAAUCAGUUAAACUCUGGCAGUAGCUGCAAAUAGUAUAAAACUCAAAAAAAUUCUCGUGAAUUACAUAGUCAAU